AUGGCUGAACAACAAGAUCAAGAUUCAAUUUCAUAUGCAAUUGACAUAGGAACAACUUAUUCUUCUAUUGCUUAUUUUAAAGGUAAGAAUAAUGAACCUACUAUAAUCCAAGAUGAACAAAAUAAAGACCAAGUGGCUUCAUGGGUUAGUUUAUCACAGUUAGGCACUAAUGGCAAUACAAUUGUAGGAAAUAGUGCGAAGGAUGAUAUUCAUAGUGAAUGUGUUAUUUACGAUUCUAAGAGAAUUAUAGGAAGGGAUGAGAGUGAUGUGAGUUAUGAAGAUCGUGCUAAUUGGCCAUUUAAAGUAAAAAGGAGAGAUAAUGGAAAUGCAUAUAUUGAAUGUUAUAACCCACAAACUCAAAGUACUGAAGAAUUUGAACCAGAAGAAAUAAGUGGAAUGAUAUUAAAACAUUUAUAUAAUAAUGCACAAAUGAAAGUUAGAAUUAAUCAAAUAUCAAAUGUUGUUGUUACUGUUCCAGUUAAUUUUAGUGAUAAACAAAGAGAUGCAACUUUGUUGGCAUGUCAAUUGGCAGGUAUUAAGAAUGUUAUACUUGAAAAUGAACCAACAGCAGCUAUUGUUGAAUAUAAAAGAGAAUAUCCAAAUUCAUUAAAAGAAGGAGAUAGAGUUGUAGUAAUUGAUUUUGGAGGAGGAACAUUAGACGUAGCUUGUUGUAAAAUAAUAAGUGAUAAUAGUGUUAAUGUAGAAUCAAAUGGAGGAGAUCAAGAUUUAGGAGGAAAUGAUUUUGAUAAAGUGAUGAUAGACAUUAUUAAAAAAAAAGUAGAAGAAGAUAUUCCGGGAUAUUAUAAAAAGAAACGAGGAAUGACUCAAAAAGAAAAGAUAACAUAUAAAAAGAAAUUAGUUAGAUUAAAGAAAGAAGCAGAACGAGUUAAAGUUGAGUUAAGUGAUAGAAUUAAUAAUGAAUUAGCUAAAAAAGAAGUGAAAACCACCAAAGAUAUAAUGCCUGAGGUAGAAUUAGAAUUAGACAGUUUAUUAGGUAAAGAGCAUAGUGAAGAUAAUAUUGGUACUAUCAUUACAAGACAAGAAUUUGAAAAAGAAUGUGAAGCAAGGGGAUUAUAUGAAAGGUUUAUAAAUAAAAUAAAACAAAUCACUCAAAAAAAAGGAUAUAAAAAAGGAAAUGUUCAAUUGGUGUUAUUAAUUGGUGGAACAUCUAAAAUGCCAAGAAUUAGAGAAGAAGUUAGUAAUUUAUUUGGUCAAGUAAUAUUUUCUAAUAAUAACUUUAAUCCACUUACUGCCGUUGUAAAAGGAGCUGCCUAUUUAGCACAUUUAAAACAAGAAAAUGCUAUUGGUCAUGAAGUUGUAUAUGAUAUUGUUCCAAUACCAAUUGGAAUAGAAGUAGAGGGAGGAAAAUUUGAAGUACUUGUUAAAGAUGGAGAAACACUUCCUACAAAAGGAACAACCAGACAGUAUUGUACCACUCGAGAUAAUCAAACUAAUGCAGAUUUUAUAAUUUAUCGUGGAUUUGGUAAAUAUGUUAGUUCACUUGGGGUUGAAAGAGUUACAAAACUUAGUAUUAAUGGAAUUCCCAGUGGAAAGCGUGGAGAACAAAAAUUUGAAUUUACAAUUCACAUUAAUAAAAAUGGAAUGAUGGAAAUUAGUGCUUCUCUUAUUGGAGGUAAUAUUAAAGAAAAAUUAAGUACUAGUCUUGAUUUAUCUAAAACAUCACAAGAGAUUGAACGAUUAAUAGAACAUUUCCAAAAAUUUUUUUAA